CGGAGGGAUACGCGCGAUAGAGUAUUAAAUGUCAGCAAGUUUCUAAGUAAAAAGAGCGAAGGAGGGGUGACUGGAGUAUCCCUCCGCCUUCAAAUCUGUGCUGGAUCCUGGAUCGCUGUAUCUGGCAUACAGAUUUGGGAGCUGUGGCUCUGGACAUCCUACAGGGAAUCUUCUUUGGGAUUUCUCACCUCCUGACUCUUGGGAAACCCCAGUUACCCCUUCAACGCCCUUGGUUCUGCCCUCCCCUUUCCCUUGUUUUAGGCAGGUGAUCAUUAAACCCCCCUCGCCAGGUUUUGGUGAAUGUGCAGCAAUAGGGGAGCAGCCGUCACCUCCAGUCAUGGACAGAGACCUGUGAAGUUCGUCCCCAUGCCGGAGUUGGGCUAAAGGUUCCUCACAAAAGCAGCUGGAAAAGUCCUGAGCUCUUUUUCUUUCCGCCCUCAUUUUCGUUCCUUCUUUCUUCUCCCUCCAGCUGGGGGGGGGGGGACUGAAGUGAGUUUUGGAGAGUGGCAUGGAUAUUGCAACAGGUCCCGAGUCAUUGGAUCGCUGCUUCACCAGGGGCCCGAGCGACUGUGCCAAGAUGCUGGACACUAUUAAAAUGGAAGAUCACCCUCUGCGCACGGGCACUGCCACCUUAGGAGUGCUGCUCGGGUCAGAGUGCCAGCACCAGGCAGUAUGUGAGGGAUGCCAGCGACCCAUUUCAGACCGGUUCCUGAUGAGAGUCAAUGAGGCCUCCUGGCAUGAGGAGUGCUUGCAGUGCACUGUGUGUCAGCAGCCCCUCACCACCAGCUGCUACUUCCGGGACAGAAAGCUCUUCUGCAAGCAAGACUACCAACAACUUUUUGCUGCAAAAUGCAGCGGGUGCAUGGAGAAGAUCGCUCCUACGGAGUUUGUGAUGCGGGCCCUGGAAUGUGUAUACCAUCUAAGCUGCUUCUGCUGCUGCGUGUGUGAGCGACAACUCAGGAAGGGAGAUGAGUUUGUUCUCAAGGAAGGCCAAUUGCUGUGCAAAAGUGACUAUGAGAAGGAGAAGGACCUGCUGAGCUCUGGAAGCCCGGAUGACUCUGAUUCUGUAAAAAGUGAUGAUGAAGAAGGUGAUGUGAAGCCAGGGAAAGGCCGUGUAAACCAAGGGAAGGGCAGUGAUGAUGGGAAAGACCCAAGGAGACCAAAGCGGCCAAGGACAAUCCUCACAACCCAACAAAGAAGGGCGUUCAAAGCAUCUUUUGAGGUUUCAUCGAAACCCUGUAGGAAGGUCAGAGAGACAUUAGCUGCUGAAACAGGACUUAGCGUCAGAGUGGUCCAGGUGUGGUUCCAGAACCAACGAGCAAAGAUAAAGAAAUUAGCACGAAGGCAUCAACAACAACAGGAACAACAAAAUUCCCAGAGGCUGGGCCAAGAGGUCAUGUCCAGCCGCAUGGAGGGGAUGAUGACCUCAUAUGCCCCACUGGCACCUUCUCAGCAACAGAUCGUCACGAUGGAUCAGAACAGCUACAGCACAGACCCCUUCCAGCAAGGACUUACACCUCCACAAAUGCCAGGCAAUGACACCAUAUUUCAUGACAUUGACAGCGAUACCUCGUUAACAAGUCUCAGCGAUUGCUUUUUGGCAUCUUCAGAGGUCACCUCAAUGCAAGCCAGGGUGGGGAAUCCCAUUGACCGACUGUACUCAAUGCAGAGUUCCUACUUUGCGUCAUGAGAGUUCCCUUUAUUUUCCCCACCCCAACAGUCAACGAUAAAAAAAAAACCCAAAAUGGACCCUCAGAGACUAUUUACAGCCAUAUCAGCACAUUUGUCCUUCCCAGAAUUCACUCCGGUGAGCAAAUGUAUGCAAGAAACCGAAGCAGCCACACUGAUACUUGCUGGAGCCACCAAGAGUAUAAGGGGGAAAAAAGUAUGAGGAAGAGAUGUGAACUUUAGUUUCUUUUCAAAAGAAAAACCCACUAUUGUAUUAAAACUGUAAAAAAAAAGAAUGAAAACUUACAGUAUUUGUAUAGAAUUGUGUAAAAACGAGAUUUCCCACACCCCACUAGAAUAAUCCAACUCCUAAGCCACUUCCUUGUCUCCUCUGCAUGAAUGUCACCGUGAUGUGGAAUUAACAAAAUUUGAACUGUGAGAAGUUAUUGUAAAUUUGAUGUUUAAUCUAUUUUAUUUUUUUUUCCUUCCUAUAUUUUGUGCUUGAUUUUCUCCAUAGACCAGAAGGUUAGUUUUUAGCCACUAUAUCCUACAUGAAGCCAAUGAUUGCUGGAAAUCAUUGCAACACAGGACGGACUGCAUGUUUUCUGGAGAGAGAGAUCCAUUUCUUUAUUUUAUUUUUGUUUGUUUUUUUUAAAUUAAUGGUCUUCUGUUCCAUAAGGUGCUUUAAAGUUGAAAAAAAGAAAAAAAAACUAAAAACCAGAAACCAACAAAAAACUUAAUUUAAUAAAACGUACAAUGUUAA